GUUAUUAACUAAAGAUGAUUAAUGUGUUUGCCGCGCAUAGCCCGUGCCGCUCUGUGAAACGCGCCGCACAGCGACUAUGGCGUCAGUGCACCCGCCCGACCCGCCAUCAUCGCCACCAAGAGGCAUUAGCAGGUCACCGGACUUCCCAGAGUAUAGUGUGAGCGCUGUUCGCCAGAGGGCAGCGUAUCCACGAGUGAGGCGCACGAUGUCGCCCGGCGUCAGCAGCGCGCCGGGGGCGUCCCACACCGACAGGUUAACGCACGCCGACCCGUCCGCAACGCGCAAAGUUCGCACCUCGCGAGCCUCCUUUGUCAACGUCGGCGGACCCACCUCCACGAACAAGAUGUUCAACCAACUAGGCGGAGGGGGCGUUAACCCCAACAAAGACCUGGAAGUGACUUCCCCGCCGGAGGACACUGUAUCGGCGCUUGAAUUUUCGCCGCCGAGUGUGCCGCAGACUUUUCUAGUGGCGGGCAGCUGGGACUGCAGAGUGCGGUGCUGGGAGGUAGAAGGAUCGGGCAAGACGGUGCCGAAGGCGGUGCAGGGCAUGGACGGGCCCAUUCUUGAUGUUGCCUGGCAUGAUGAUGGUUCAAAAGUGUUCAUGGCUUCCACUGAUAAAAGUGUAAAAUGCUGGGAUCUUGCAGCGAAUCAAACUGUGCAGGUGGCUGCUCACGAGGCACCUGUGAGGACAUGCCACUGGAUCAAGGCACCCAACUACACUUGCCUUAUGACUGCGUCCUGGGAUAAAUCACUUAAGUUUUGGGACACAAGAAGUCCUGUGCCAAUUAUGACAAUGAACUUGUCAGAGCGCUGCUACUGUGCAGAUGUUGACUAUCCAAUGGCCGUGGUGGGUACGGCAGACCGCAGCGUGAGCCUGUACACGUUGGAGGGCAAGCCGGCGGAGUUCAAGCGCGUCGAGUCGCCGCUCAAGCACCAGCACCGCUGUGUCGCAGUGUUUCGCGACAAGAAGACUAAGCAGCCGUGCGGCUUCGCACUUGGUAGCGUCGAGGGCCGCGUUGCCAUCCAGUAUGUCAACCCCACCAAUCCCAAAGACAACUUUACAUUCAAAUGCCACCGUUCUGCUGGCACUACAGGAGGUUACCAGGACAUUUAUGCAGUGAAUGAUAUAGCAUUCCAUCCAGUACAUGGUACUUUAGCCACAGUGGGCUCUGAUGGUUCGUAUUCAUUCUGGGACAAAGACGCGCGCACCAAACUCAAGUCAUCAGAGCCUCUCGACCAGCCGCUUACCAAAUGCGCAUUUAACCACAGUGGGCAGAUCUUUGCCUAUGCAGUUGGAUAUGAUUGGUCAAAGGGCCACGAGCAUUUCAAUCCAGCAAAGAAGAACUUUAUUUACUUGCGGCCAUGCUUUGAGGAUUUGAAGCCAAGAUCAACAUAAUAUUAACACAAGUGUGCCAUAGUGAUGAAAGACACUCAGUCUUUUAAGGCGUUUUAUAACAAUUCGCAGUUUUUAUUAAUAAGACUCAGUCAUUAUACUAAAAGACUUGAAAGACUUCAAUGACUCGAGUUGUUUGCAAAGAACUUAUACCUAUUUUAU